AUGUAUGACAAUGCAGUUGUAUUGUUUGCGUGGACCGAAGUAGCUGAGGGUAUACCAGAGUUUAAGAGCAAUAGGGAGGAAGUUUUAGAAGGGCCGAGGCAAAUGGUAGAGCGAGUAGUUGAUAGGAGCGUUAGAGCAAGUAACAUAAGUGUAAUUAACCCAAAGAGAGAUCGAAUUGCAAGCAUUGGAAGAGUAGGGUCCGUUAGUCGUGAUCGAGAGCAGCAGUGUUAUAGAUGUGGAAAGCAAGGACAUAAGAAGAGUGAGUGUUGGUGGGCACUGGGAGUGUGUUUCGCAUGUGGGCAGAUGGGUCAUAUAGUGAGUGAACGUAAAAAAGAUAGGGAUAUUAAGUGUUACAGGUGUGGGCAGGUAGGGCAUAUAGCUAGUGGAUGUCGGGGUAUCCAUAUAAACGUGGUUUGCGGCAACUGUGGAAAGAACGGGCAUUAUGCUAGGAUGUGUAAAGAACAGUGUGCGAAGUGUGCUGAAUGUGGAAUGGAAGGUCACAUAGCGAGUGUGUGUAAGUGA